UUCCGAUUUUCUUUUUCCAAGCGGUGACUUUUUUCGCGGAAAAACAUCGCAGUGAAUGGCGAACUUUGACGCUAUCUUUGACGAGAAUCUUCAAGAGGAUGAACAAAGUUCGCGUGUUUCUGACGAAAAUGUCCAGGUGACACUAGAGCCGGUUGUUAUUCGCGGAGUAGGACACAUGACAGUGUUCGGGCUCAAUAGCAAGUUUGAUGUGGAAUUUCAACAAGCCCUUAGUGCCAAGGUAGCCCCAGAAGAGUACAAAGCGACUGUCACAAGAGUUAAUAGAGUGCUUAGUAAGACAAUGCCUGUCAAUGUCCGCUGGUUACUCUGUGGAUGCAUAUGCUGCUGCUGUACCUUGGGAAUGUCCAUGUGGCCUGUGGUUUGUCUCAAUAAAAGAACAAGACAUUCAAUAAAUAAGGUGUUAGAUGCUGAAAAUAAUCACUUGUAUCAUAAGCUUGGGCUUCACUGGCGAUUAAAUAAACAGCGAUGCAAUUCCAGUAACAUGAUGGAAUAUGUACUGCUGGUCGAGUUCUUACCAAAGGAGCAAAUUUUACGACCUGACUGAUGACUCCAGAAUGUUUCACCUUCCUGAUAUAAUUCUAGAAUUGUAUAUUUCAUAAGAUAAUUUGUAAUCUGUAAUAUACACUGUUGUAAAUUGCAAAUUUAUGAUAAAUUUAUCAAUAAUAAUUGAAAGUCUUUAGUUUUCUGAUGAACUGCUAAGUUAACUCAGGAUCCAUACAAUCCUGUAGUUAACUUAUAAGUUUAAUUUUAAUUCCUGGUUGAUCAUGCAGUCUCAGUCUAAAUGACUUUAUUUUUAUAUGAAAGACAAAUUUAAAAAAGUUCUUUAUUCAUGUAUUUACAUAUAUGUCCAUAAGUUAUAACCAAUUCCUAUUUUUUAUCCAAUGAUUUAUCCUUGAGUUUUGAAGAGAGACAGAGAGGAGUUAUUGCAGGAUCUCUUGCAGGAUCUCUUGUUGUGCAUGCCUAUUCUGCCAUGUAGGUCAACCAGGUUAGAGGGGAAGAGCUUUUAAAUCUUCAGGUCACACAAAGCAAAGGGGAAGAAUUUGACCAUAUUUCUACUGCCAAUAACAGAACAACUUGAUCUCAUUGAUUUACCAAUUAAAAUGUGACUACCCAAAAAAUAUUGGGUAGCCCUGGUAUAGCUCAUUGCCUUGUUUGAAGAGAUUUUAGCUAUUUUAUGUAAAUAACUAGUAAAGCCCAGAAAACUGUCUUGAAUAUGGAUUCCUGCUUUUUCCAAUAGAGAGGACAAUAUCACAGGAGGUAGUUCUAGGGUUAUCAUAGCUUAUAUCAGUAUGUAAGUGAUCAAUGAUCCAACUAUUGCUUGUGAGGAAUAUAAAUUAAUUUUCAGCCUCUAUUAAGAAUGAAUUUAGAGAUAUUUUUAAGUGAUAUUGUUUAAGGUUUUAAGUCAUGUGAGGGUUGAGCUGUAAUGGCCUUGUAGAAGGAGUUUGUAUAAUAUUAAUGUUUAUCUUAACGCCAAUAGGUUAGAGAAUCCAAAUUCUUUGCACACAAUAGAAGCUUUACGUAUUUAUUUAUGCAAUCUGUUGUUUCUAUUGCCUUGGAGUUCCAAGUUUGAGAUAUUUCCUCUUGAGCUAUUUUAAGUUGAGUUUCACUGGUAAUUUGGAAUUGCAAUGGUUUUGCUUUGCCUCACUCUUUGAUUGGUUUAAAAAAUGUUUGCCACCCUCCCACCAAUCUAGGAAGCCAUUUGCAACUUGGUCACUUGCAGUUUUCUUUCUUUUAGGCAGUUUGCUUGUGUUUGCUUUGAUCUCUUAUCAGCUCUUGUGAUGUUUACCUUUGGUUUUAGUGACUGUUGCGAUUACUCUUGUCAUAGUUUAUUGAACUCAACUGAAAAUAUGUUCGAUUUUAUGUUUUGGCUAGAUUUUUGUGUUUCUUGCACAGUUGGUCAUGGUUGUUCAAGAGCUGGACAGUGUCUUGUAACUGAUAAUUCACAAUCCAGGAAAUUAUUUCCUACCUUUUGAACAACUGACUGUUGUACUGGUUUUGCCAUUAUUUUCUUUUCCUUCAAACUAAAGUUAUUUCACUUCAGGCAAUUGUUGUAACAGGCAAUUGUUGUAACAAUCCUAUCUUUGCUCUGUGUUUUUCCCAGUUGAUUUGCACAUGCUGGCAUGUGUAUCUUUGGUGCUGGCACCAUUAAUUUCAAAGGAAGAGUUAUGCUAAUUUAUUUUUUAUUGAUUAGGUUUUUACAUUGGUUGAGUUAUAAGUACUAAGUUGGUAAGGUGAGGGUUAUAUGUGCAGUUUAUUAGUUACUGGGUAGUAAAGCGUUGUUGUUAUAUUGGUGUCAAUAAAGUGGAGGAAAAUUGA